AUGUUCACGAAGAACGGUUUCCGCAUCAUUCCGAAUACACCGGAGCGGAUUCUGAACGCACCGAACGUCGUCAAAAAUUACUAUUUGAAAAUGUCCUAUCUUUGGAGUGAGCUGGUCGGUGGUUUGGAAGUACCACUGGACCUAGUUGGGUCGAGGGAAAUCCAGAUUUUGAGUGAACUGGUCGAUGAUUUGAAGGUACCAUUGGACCUAGUUGGGUCGACGCAAAUCCAGCUUUGGAGUGAGCUGGUCGAUGGUUUGGAAGUACCACUGGACCUAGUUGGGUCGACGCAAAUCCAGCUUUGGAGUGAGCUGGUCGGUGGUUUGGAAGUACCACUGGACCUAGUUGGGUCGAGGGAAAUCCAGAUUUUGAGUGAACUGGUCGAUGGUUUGAAGGUACCAUUGGACCUAGUUGGGUCGACGGAAAUCCAGCUUUUGAGUGAGCUGGUCGAUGGUCUGAAGGUACCAUUGGACCUAGUUGGGUCGAGGCAAAUCCAGCUUUGGAGUGAGCUGGUCGAUGGUUUGAAGGUACCAUUGGACCUAGUUGGGUCGACGCAAAUCCAGCUUUGGAGUGAGCUGGUCGGUGGUUUGGAAGUACCACUGGACCUAGUUGGGUCGAGGGAAAUCCAGAUUUUGAGUGAACUGGUCGAUGGUUUGAAGGUACCAUUGGACCUAGUUGGGUCGACGCAAAUCCAGCUUUGGAGUGAGCUGGUCGAUGGUUUGGAAGUACCACUGGACCUAGUUGGGUCGACGCAAAUCCAGCUUUGGAGUGAGCUGGUCAGUGGUUUGGAAGUACCACUGGUCCUAGUUGGGUCGAGGGAAAUCCAGAUUUUGAGUGAGCUGGUCGAUGGUUUGAAGAUACCAUUGGACCUAGUUGGGUCGAGGCAAAUCCAGAUUUUGAGUGAGCUUGUCGGUGGCUUAGAAGUACCACUGGACCUAGUUGGGUCGAGGGAAAUCCAGCUUUUGAGUGAGCUGGUCGAUGGUUUGAAGGUACCAUUGGACAUAGUUGGGUCGAGGGAAAUCCAGCUUUGA